AUGCGGCACUGUGGACGCGCGUGCGCCUUUUCAUUAUUUACGCGAUUAUUGUACGUUUGCGCUACGAUCGCGGUCGUUGCAAGUUCCGAGUAUGGAGUCCCGAUCGAAAUAAAAUAUUGGGACACAGGACGAUCGCCGCUAUCACAUAUGGUGGACGUUACAAACGAAUUCGGUUUAAAAGUGCUCGCAGAACAUAACUUCUUGAAUGAUAACAACAUAGCCUUCUCUCCGUAUGGAUUGAUAGGAAUAAUGGUGGCCUUGUACGAGGGAGUAGACGGAGACUCUUCGUAUCAGAUACAGCGCGCUAUGCAAUUACCGUGGAACAGAAAUGUGAUGAGAAUAGGCUUUAGAGAUAUACAUCGUUCGCUCAAAACAUACUUCGUCCCUGAAGAAGGGUUUUUGGCUGGCUUAGCGCUAAAAAACGAGAAUGUAACUUUUAAUGAAAAUUACAAAAAGGUGUUACGCUUCUACGGAUUCGAUUUGGAAAGUGAACAAAAAACUACUAUGACACCAGAUUCAAACAAUACCUCAAGUGUCACAGCGACCCCCGCAAGUACCACACCCGAACACAAAACAUCUACAACCAUUACAACAACCUUAAGCAUAGACAACAUGACCGCUUCUCAUAAAGACAAAGCUAGUACAACCCCAGCAGACGUUGUUAAACAGGAAUCAGGAAUAUUAGCCGAUAACGCAAAUGAUACAACAACAUCGUUAAAUAAUCCUACGGAACCCACAUCUGAUACUACAAUUACGACACCAUCAACGAUUAAUUUGCAAACAACCGAUGGAACUAUAAAUCCUUCAACUGAUUUUGUUACAUCAUCAACACAAAAAACAAUGGAUAUCACUUCAACCACCGAUGGAACAACAUUUAACAACGAAGUUGAAUUCAUAACAGAUAAAAUGACAAUAGUUACGAACAUAACUGAUCAAAGCCCAGUCGAUAUCUCUUCACUUACAAACACACAAACCACAAGCAUCUUAACAACUGAAAGUACAGUGGAUCCGGAGCGAAUAACAGCCAUGCCAACUUCGGAAAGCAUUACGGGAACAACAGAAAGUAUUGCCACAGACACCGCGUCCACUACUGAAAUCACCACAGCGGCUUCAGAAAACUUUAUGUCUUCUACCGAAAUCAUGUCAACAUCUGAAAGUACAACAAACAAUAUAGAAAGCGUAUCAGAUAUUUCAUUGACAGUUGUUAACGAAUCGAGUUUGGAGACUCUUGAACGAAAAAAGAAGUCAAUAGUAGAUUUUAUAUUUACAAACCCUCCAUACUUCGACGAUUAUUUGCUAUAUAGAUCUUUCGAUUUAGGUCCUGAGUUAGGCAACACUCGCUACGGAGGAGACGAAAUGUUUUUAGCUAACGGACUGAAAAAUAUACAGGUGACAUACAUGAAUUACGAUACGGUGCUGGAGCACGCAUAUUUGCCGCAUUUGGAAGCUGCCGCACUCCGUUUGCCGCUUGAUAGCGACAAAUAUUAUCUGCUGGUGGUUUUACCGAAUCACAGGCGGGCGGGGGAAUUGGGACGACUCUUGGCACGUAUGGCGCGGGAGUCAGACCUAUCUGACAUAUAUGCCGCGUUACGGCCGCGCCACGUACACGCAUUAGUUCCUAGCUUCAUAGUGAAGGGACACGUGACACUUACAACAGAUUUGCAAAAGCUCGGCAUUCGAGAUGUGUUCGAGCCACGUCAACAGGACUUCACGCCGAUGACAUACCAGCCUGGAGUUUACGUGCGCAGCAUCGAGCAGGCUGUCUCGGUAGCUAUUCGGAAGUACCAGCCCGACGAUUCCAAGAAAAAUCGAUACGUGAUUAAUCAGCAUCGUGUCUUCUUUUCUGCAACUUACCCGUUCCUCUACUUCGUAAUGGAUGCAAACAUCCACGUCGCGCUAAUGGCUGGCAAAAUGGUCGAUCCGUUAAACACACGAAUAUUAUAG